GUCUAAGCAGAAGUACUAAUACAGGUCCUAAUUGGAGCCAUCACCACUCAUAUAGAUCAAUACUGGGUAAGGUUUCUCUGUACUUGUAUCUCUAAGAAACACCAUUUUUUUGAAAGUUUUUUUUACUCACAAAAAAAAUAAGAAACACACUGUUGACAACUAAAGGAUGGCAGAAGAGCUGCAUUAUUCUACAGUGGUUUUCAAGAAUCCCAUAGUUUCUUUGCAGAAAGAGAAAAAAGAGGAAGAAACAGUAUAUGCUGAAGUAAAGGUUAAGGGAAGUGCAGUCACUCAACGGAAUCCUGCCACAGCAGUGGAUGAGAGGCCUGCUCUCCACUGUCAACCCUUUCGAGUAGUGGCAGUGUGUUUGGGUGUUCUUUGUGUCCUCUUGGUUUCAGCCAUUAUAGGCCUCUAUGUCUACUUCAGCACUGCCCUGUCAGAGCACAACACAAAGUUGGUGAGAGAACUGGAGCAACUAACAGAUGCGCGUGCAUUCCUACUGGCGGCCAAUCAGGACCUUACGAACCUCAACAGCAAUCUGAGUACAGCCAAUCACAUUAUGCAGAGUGAUUAUAGCAAUGUAAGCACUGCAAACCUACGUUUAGCGGCUGAGAAAGAAGCAUUGUCAAGAGAGAGGGAUAGACUGAACUGGAGUCUUAGGUUCAUAUAUCAGUUUGAAGAUUUUCCAGUCAGUCAAUAUUGUUCACCAAAAGAUGACGUAGGAGAGAGAAAGUGUAACCCUUGUCGAAGUGGGUGGACGUUGUUCCAAUCUAGUUGUUACCAGAUUUUAUACCCUUCCAAUACGUGGAAGACCUGGGAACAAAGCAGAGAGAACUGCAAACAAAAUAAUGCUGAUUUGGUUGUCAUAGGAAAUCAAAAGGAACAGGAAUUCAUUCAUAACCACACUCAGUACUACUUUGAUAUGCAUCAUGGGUACUGGAUCGGUUUGUCUGGCAUAGCUAAUAUCAGCCAAUGGCUCUGGGUUAAUGGAAGUCAACAGACAGAUGGGUUUUGGAAGAGACAAAUUGGGGGUCAUUGCGUGUUAACUGUCCCAAAUAAUGCACCUUUGGCUAAUUGGAAUGCUGAAUCAUGUAGCAUGCUGAACCGUUGGAUCUGUGAGAAUAGAGCCUUAAUAUGGUCAGAUUAAAUUGCAGGGACACUCUCUUAAGAGGUAUUCUCACAUACUGAACUCAUAUAUUAUUGCAUCUUUACUUGAGAAUUACAUUGAGUUUUAUUCUUCUAAUUUAAGGACCCCUGCAUCUGUCUGUUGGGGUCAAUUCGAAUUCACGCAAUUCAGGAAGUGAUUUUAAUUUAAAAUUUACAAUGGAAAACCUUCAUUAGCUGACUUCAAUUUGAAUUGACCCCAAUCCGGUUCUGUUUUGUAUGUUUUUGAUAUGUUAACAAUCAAGGAUCUGUUGUAAUGUAGCUAUAGAGAAGUUAAAAAAUAAUGUUCUGUGUUGACCUUUCAUAUAAAUCAGGCAUAUUUUCUUUAAUAUCAAUCAUUUCACUUUGACAAUAAAUGUAUGUUCUUCUAUUGUCUUAUUGUA